AUGGACAUAGAAUUUCUUUUUAAAAAUAUAACACAAAUUAAUUCUACAAAUCUUUCUAAACUAGACAUUUCUAAAGAACUAGAUUCUUUUAAACAAGAUGCACUACAAAAUACCAGUAAAUUAAAAUUAAUAUUUAAGAUAGAAAUACUCACUAAAAUUAUAAAAAAACCAGCUGACUAUAGAAUCCUUAUUGAUAUAUCAAUUUCUAUUUUAGAUAGACAUAAUACACCUUCUAGUAUUAUUUUUAGACUUAGAAUUAUUAAAAAUAUUAUUAAUGGUAAAUAUUUUGUACCAGUACAAUAUUAUUUACUAGAAUUAAUAAAACAGACUGUAAGUACAGGAGAAUCAGAUGAGACACAGACAUAUGACUCAUUGAAUAUUACUACAGUUGAUGCUGUAUUUGUACUAGGAGAAAUUAAGUCUUUUUUACUAGAAAUAUCAAAUAAAUACAGUGAUAUGUAUGGAUUUGUAGAAAUAUCUAAUAUUCUUAUAAAUGAACUAAAAAAGAUAAGUAAAGGAAUAUACAAAGAAUACUGUGAUAGUAUUAUAAAUGUAUUAAGUACACAUAGUGACUAUGUAAGAAAAUGUAGAACAGAAAAUAAACCAUGUGAAAAGAUGAUAGUAAAAUAA